AAAUGUUGUGGGAGAGGGGGAUUGAGAGGAGGUUGUUAGUUCAGUGAGGAAAAUCAAAUGAGGAAGAUAACCUCUUUUGAACUGGUUGGUUCAGACUGCAGAAGUUACAUUUAAUAUAUUUCUGAACUCAAAGUUUAUAAAAUGUCAAUACCAAACAUGAAAAGUGAAAUAGUGAAGAGUGCAUAUAUUGGUUUCUGUUUCAUGGUAUUAUCAUCUGGAUUCUAUACCUUAUCAAAUUUGGAGAAACUGUUCCUAACCUCUGCUCAAAAGGAAAAUCCAUCUUUUAACGGAGAUGGAUACAUCAGUUUGGCCAUCGUUUUUGUCUCGUAUUCUGGCUUCAUGUGGUUGGUACCUCCUAUAAUCAGUGUAUGUGGUGCGAAACUAACACUUGUAGCUGGCUCUAUAGGGUACAGCCUGUUCAUAGCCUCGUUCCUGACAGAGUCCGGUUGGCUACUGUACGCAGGAUCGACAUUUUGUGGGAUAGGAGCGGCCAUGAUCUGGCCGAUACAAGGCAACUACAUGAUCCUCAUCUCAUCCAACCUCACGAUCACCAGGAACGUGUCCAUCUUCAACAUCAUCUGGCAGUCAUCAUUGUUUUAUGGAAACAUUUUAGCUCUUUUCGUAUUCCAAGAUAAAGAGUACUUGGAUAAACAGUCACGCACAACUGUGAUCUUGGCAUUACUGGGGAUCUCUGCUUCAGCCACACUGUUUUUGCUCUUCCUGCCCACCCCGACCAGCAGUGAUGGGAAGGAUAUAAAAGAGGAUUAUGCAAGUCCUAUUGUGGCUCUGAAAAAGACUUGGGAAAUUGCAACCACCAAAUAUAUGCUAAUUUUAUUUAUAUCCUUUGUAUUUAUGGGAUUUCAAGUGUGUUUCAUGUCUGGAGUGUACGGUUCAUGUGUGGGGUUCACCAAACAGCUGGAGCACUCUGAACAGCUUGUUCCUCUUAUAGGAUUGAUUAUUGGAGUCGGAGAAAUUGUAUCUGCACUGUGUUUGAUAUGUAUGGGUAAACAGAUCACCUCAUGGAUAUGGGGACAGACUGUGGUGAUGAUUGUCGCUCUCGUUAUUGAAUAUUCAACAUUUAUUCUGAUAUUCCUCAAUUUACCUAACAACUCUGUAUUUGGAGAGACGAAUGACUCGGCCAUUUUACCAAGCAGCUGGUGGAAUGCAGUAUUAGCUUCAUUCUUGAUAGGUCUGUCAGAUGGCAUUUACAUGUCUAUGAUUCCAUCCAUGAUCGGCUUGCUGUUCCCCAGCGACAGCAUGUAUGGAUGUGCUGUGUUCAGCUUCGUUUAUAGUAUAUUCUCUUCAGUGGGGUUCUUCAGUAGUAACUACAUUGGCCUCUACUGGCAGUUGUUGAUCUUGGCAGUCACAGCUACGCUAGGCGCUCUCUGCUACGCUCAUGUCAGUCUGGAUGUCCAGAGACGAGUCGGCAAACAGGAAGAAACAAGCAAACUGUGAUAACAUUGAAAACGACUGAUUAUUUUAUCCGUGACAAGAAGACUGGACAACUAAUGAGUUAAAUUUUAGAUUUACUGGCAAUUUACUAAUUUUUCACAUGGAAACUUCAUUUAAGCCUGAUCAAAACUGAUUAAAUUAUAUAGUGACCUGCUCAACCUAGAUGUGAGCUGAACAGUCUUGAUUGAGUGCCUCUGUAAUAUCAGUAGAUAAAAUUCCAUUUGGAAAUGUCCUUUGCAGUUUUAUCAAAAUCUGUUCGGAUUUGACAUUAUUGAUUUAAAUGUAAUAAAAAUAAUUAUAUCAACACUGAGUGUGAGUUUAAAAUGUGUUUAAUGCUUCGCUUUAUCCGAAAAACAUGUUAAUAUAUUUAAGGAAAUUCCACUUGAAAAGAUUAUUUUUAAACUACUGUUUUAUAAAAAAGUACGGUACUUGAUUCUGAGUUUUGGUGAACUGUGUGUACAAAAAGAUAUGGCUUAUAGAGUUCAGAUAAAAACAAUGUACAACCAGUAUUUUUUCAGAAUUAUUCAAAUUUUAUUUCUGAGCUUGAAUUUAUGUCUGGCUGGGGUUAUAAAAACUUAUUUGAUACCAUGAAAAUUUAGACCCAACUUUAUGUGUGUUUUAUGAAGUUUUUAAUCAACAUUACCUGAGAAAUUACAAUGAUCUGAUCCUGAAUACUCAAAAAUUUUUCAUAAAAGUGGCAAAUGGAAUGAAAUCAAAAUAUUUUGGCUUUGUUACAAAGUUAGAUUAAUCCCACUGUCACUUCCCUGGAGAAAAUGUGUUAAAAUUAUUUUAUUCAUUUAACAGAUUUGAGAGACUGAACUUGAAUAGAGUUUAAUUAUACAGUUUGUCAUACAGAUAGUAAUUUAUUCUAUUACAUAUGUUAGUGUUGUAAUGUUUAUUUUGAUGUAUAUUAUUUAAAUAAAUGUUUUUGAGUAUUUGACUAAAA